CAAGAUCCGGACUCCGACCCGGACUACGAAGCGCUGCCUGCUGGAGCCACUGUCACCACGCACAUGGUGGCAGGCGCCGUGGCAGGGAUCCUGGAGCACUGCGUGAUGUAUCCCAUCGACUGCGUCAAGACCCGGAUGCAGAGCCUACAACCUGACCCAGCUGCUCGCUAUCGCAACGUGCUGGAGGGCCUCUGGAGGAUAAUAAGAACAGAGGGUCUUUGGAGGCCCAUGCGGGGGCUGAAUGUGACCGCGACGGGCGCAGGGCCUGCCCACGCCCUCUAUUUCGCCUGCUACGAAAAGUUAAAAAAGACAUUGAGUGAUAUAAUCCACCCUGGGGGCAAUAGCCAUAUUGCCAAUGGUGCAGCUGGGUGUGUGGCAACAUUACUUCACGAUGCAGCCAUGAAUCCAGCAGAAGUGGUGAAGCAGAGAAUGCAGAUGUACAAUUCGCCAUACCACCGGGUGACAGACUGUGUACGGGCAGUGUGGCAGAACGAAGGGGCUGGAGCCUUUUACCGCAGCUACACCACCCAGCUGACCAUGAACGUUCCCUUUCAAGCCAUUCACUUCAUGACCUAUGAAUUCCUGCAGGAGCACUUGAACCCCCAGAGACGGUACAACCCCAGCUCCCACGUCCUCUCCGGCGCCUGUGCGGGAGCCGUAGCUGCCGCUGCCACAACCCCACUGGACGUUUGCAAGACACUGCUCAACACCCAGGAAUCCCUGGCUUUGAACUCAAACAUUACGGGACACAUCACAGGCAUGGCUAGUGCCUUCAGGACGGUGUAUCAAGUAGGUGGAGUGACAGCCUACUUCCGAGGAGUGCAAGCCAGAGUCAUUUAUCAGAUCCCCUCCACGGCCAUAGCAUGGUCUGUGUAUGAGUUCUUCAAAUAUCUAAUCACCAAGCGGCAGGAAGAGUGGAGGGCAGGCAAGUGAAGGAGCACUGACGGAAGCCAGGGGUUCAGCCAGCAUUGCUGUGCCGUCGGCACCAGCGCACUCUCCAUCUCUUGGCAUGCGCCUGCCUUGAGUGGAGCUGGAAGAAAGGUAGAGGGCGCUCCCCAGGCUGUUGGUGUUUUGGCUCGCACCAGUCCCUGCCAACCUCCAUUGCUGCCACCUUCCAGGCUCUUAGCACGUGCAGCAGAGCACACUGCAGCCCCUUGGCAGCCUCUCCAUCCCAGGCCUGAUGACCUGCUCUGACUGUUGUAGAGGGAUAGGCAGCUCACGUUCCCCUGGUUCCCAAUAAAAAGCCUUUAAAUUACAUGGU